GUCGCUGUCAGAACCGGCUUUUUUCAGAAUUUUGCUAUAAAAUCACUUUUUCCAAAGAAUCUGAAUCAUAAUGACACCUGAAACGAAAUUAUUUGCGAUCCUUGGAUGGAUAUCUACAAUAUUUGUUGUGGGUGUUUGUCUCUUUACCCAAGGGUUUUUGCUCCAAAGGCUUGUGAUUAAGCAAAACAGUAUAUGUCCAACUGAUUUUAUUCACAUAUCUGACGAACAUGGCUUGGACGGUUGUUGGAUGCAUGCCAGAUUCAAAAAAGCAGUUAUCAUAAUAAUUGAUGCACUUCGCUAUGACUUUGUCAAGUACAACUCAAGCCUCCCUGAAAAUAAUGCUCUCCCUUUCCAAAAUAAACUUCCAUUUAUUCACGACUUGAUGAAGGAGUCGCCACAAAAUGGCCGGCUGUACAAGUUUAUUGCAGAUCCACCUACAACAACUAUGCAGAGAAUUCUUGGCAUGACCACGGGCAGUUUUCCAACUUUUAUUGAUGUUGGUGCUAAUUUUGCUAGUUCUGAAAUCCAUGAAGACAACUUCGUAGACCAGUUAGUAAAGAAUGGAAAGAAAAUCACAUUCAUGGGUGAUGAUACAUGGCUUGGACUUUUCCCAAACAGAUUUAGAAAGCAGUUUCCAUUCCCAUCAUUCAAUGUAAAAGACUUGCAUACGGUUGAUAAUGGGGUUUUGACCCAUCUUGUUCCGGAGUUGAACAACCAUGAUUGGGAUGUUCUGAUUGCUCAUUUUCUGGGAGUGGAUCAUUGUGGCCAUCGCUAUGGACCAUAUCAUCCUGCAAUGGCUGAAAAACUGAAUCAGAUGGACCAAAUGCUGAGGGAUGUGGUGAAGAGAUUGGAUGGUGACACUGUGUUGUUUGUCCUUGGUGACCAUGGCAUGACAAGAACUGGAGAUCAUGGAGGAGAUAGUAGGGAUGAGUUGGAUGCAGCACUCUUCAUCUACAGCAAGUCAAUGCUCACCAAUUCACCACUUUUAAAGGAGCCUGCUCUGAGCCAAGUGGAUCUUGUACCUACGUUGUCACUGCUACUGGGAAUACCUAUACCAUUUUCAAACCUUGGGGUUGUGAUACCAGAAAUGUUCAACCACUGCCCAUGGAAAUCCAAGAAUAGUCCAAUACAGCAGGCGUAUCAUACCGUGAAAUCACUUCAUCUCAAUGCUCAUCAAAUCAAAGCUUACUUGGAAUCAUAUCGCAGACGAUCUGCUGAGUUCCCAACAUACCAGUAUCAAGAACUCAGUCUAUUAUUUUCUCAGGUGGAGUCAGACCUACAGCACUUAGUUACACAGUUGGUACAAAGUGGAGAUGAAAGAGGCAUGCUGAUCAAACUUCAAAGCGUUCAGGAUCGAUAUGUGCGAUAUCUUUCUGGGGCAAAGGAAAUGUGCAGGAAUAUUUGGGCCAAGUUUGAUGAGAAAACCAUUCUGUUGGGUAUAAUGACAGUCCUCAUUGGUAUUUGUACCAUGAUCAGUCUGUUUUCAUCUGGUCAUGACGUGGAGGAGCAGAUUCCAAGGCAUUUCUAUUGUUCAUUUGGCCUGGUGCUGCUAAUUGGCCUGAUUUACGUCAUCCGAGACAGCGAUCCCUUAUUUAUUGUCUUCGGGGCCUCAUUCUUCGGCACAGGGAUCGUCAUGGUGACCAUGAAUAAGAAAAGGUUAAUGAGUGAACUGAACAUUUCAAUGCUGGUGUCAUCCGUGGUUUCAAUUGAUGCAUUUGCUAUAGUUUGUGUCUUCUUCAGUGCAAUAGCAGUAUUUUCUAACAGCUUUCUUGUGUAUGAGGACCAAACAACUGCUUUCCUCUUACUCAGUCUAGUAUUUGUCGUUGUCGCCUCUGUAGUCAGAAAUAUGCUUAUCAGUGGUGCAGAUUCACAGAAAAAGACAAAAAGUGUGGCAUUUGACAUUGGGAGGUAUUUCACGUCACCAGCAUUUUUGACUCUGAGUAUUUUAUUUAUGUUUUGUCUCUCACUACGCCUGUCGGCAAUAUUCCGCAUCUGUCGUGAAGAACAGUGGACAUGCAUUCCAACAAGUUUCUCGAAAUCAUUAUCUGCCCUGGCUGAUCUCGAUACAAGCGUCAAGAAUAUGCGGUAUUUCAUGACAGCAGUUGCCACCUCUCUUGUCCCCACAAUAGUAUACAGUCUGUGUCGAUACAAUGGCAAUCUUAACGGAUUUUCACCAGGAGUCAUUUGUCUGAGAUAUGUUGUGCCACUCACAACAGUCUGUACAUGCCUUCACUGGGCACUUCAUGCUAUGCCACCUAAAGUGUUGGAUUCACUUCCAGCCUGGCAGCAGAUAGGAUUUGCCAGGCUAGUGUUUGUACUGUGCCUCAUAAGCAUCAUCACUGCAGUAGUUAAACCACUGUGUAUUUACUUAAUAGAACGAGACAAUGACUCGGGUUACCUUAAUAUCGGUGCAUCAAGAAAUAACAUUGUUCCAAAAGUCUACAACCACUUAAAGCUAAGAAUCAGAAAACACUUGGAAUCUGGGAACUCCAGAGGUGAGAAACCACCGAUGGUUUAUGGAUUAGGAACGGUGUAUUCCACCAGCCAGAUCCUUCUCACCAUAGCCUUUGUGCAGCUGUUUACCAUCCUUCUCACUGAAAGCCUUGCUCCAAGUGCCUUCCUAGCUGUCAUCUGCCAAGGCCUCACACUGGAGCUGUUUGCUGUCUACACCCAUUGGAAUUCUGAUGCCCAAGGCUCCGUCCCAUGGUUCAUGACAGUGAUCUGGGGUUACAUGUCUUCUCAGUUCUUCUACAACACAGGCCACCAGCCCACCCUUCCCACUCUACAGUGGGAGUCUGCCUUUGUUGGUUUCCACGGUGAUCAUCCAAGCAACAUCAUCCCUGCUGUCCUGAUGACGAUCAAUACAUUUGGCUCUCAGAUCAUGUUUACCGUUGCCUUGCCAUUGGUCGUGUUCUGGCCAUUUGUAGGAGGACGUUUUGUAUUCAUGUUCCAGAAGCGUGAUGAUGACAGUCAAGAGAAGAAGGGAGAGUUUGUCCUGAAUGAAAAGCCGGAUGUUCUGCGACACACGCUUUUCAGAGUCAUUGUUGGUUACCUGUUGUACCAUUCCAUUAAGCUCCUUGCCUCCAUGUGCUCUGCUGCCCUCCUUCGAAGACAUCUAAUGGUCUGGAAGAUAUUCGCUCCAAAGUUCAUAUUUGAAGGAGCGUCAUUCAUGGUUGUGAAUGUGACUUGUGUUCUUGUCUUUCUGUUUGUGAUGAGGGUGGACUCUGUACUCACAUCAUGGGUGGAGGCACUGUGCCGCAAGCAAAAGUCUAGUUAGUUGAUAGAAUCUAUAUUCAUAUCAGUUGCAGAGUAUGAGGUAUGCGUAUAUAAUGGAAACAGUAGAUUCAGGCUCCUUAUUUUAGGAUUAUGAUAGUUAGCAUGUAGAAGUUCCCCCCUUCAUCCAGGGGCGAGGUUUUACUUGAAUGUGAACUUGUGUGUCCAUGGGUCCAUAUAGUAUGUACAUGUAGCUGAGAUAGAUAGUUUUGAAAGAUGAGACAUUUUCGGAAGAAAAAGAUGUUUGCCUGUGUUUUGAAGUGAUUUCUAGUAGUGACAGUCUUUGAUAA